AUGGAAGAGCAGAAGAAAAGGAGACUGGAGGAGGGGGAGAAAGUGAACAGCGUGGCGGAGAGCACCCCCCCCUUCCCCCUGAGGAGCAAAACGAGCACAGGGUCAACCAACUCGCAAAUCACGGAGACGAAAAAUAAACUAGGGGUCUACCCAAUAACGGAGAGUAACCUAAGAAUCCAAGAAGGAGAAAAUAGAUGCAGCAAAGCAAAGGAGUUGUUAAAAAAAUACGUCAAUAACGUUUUUGAAAAUGAAAAGACCCUGUACAUAUACUGCAAGUAUGUCAUGUUGCACUAUGGAAAGGAUCUAGUAACUCCAAACGAGGUGGAUUCUUUAGAUUUUCAGAUGAUCAAUGGUGGAAUCACAAACAUAUUAAUCAAAGUGGAACACACUUCGAAGGAAGGCAAGUAUCUCAUAAGACUGUAUGGACCUAAAACUGACGAAAUUAUUAACAGGGAAAGAGAAAAAAAAAUUUCCUGCAUUUUGUAUGAUAAAAAUAUAGCCAAAAAAAUAUAUGUUUUUUUUUCUAACGGAAGAAUUGAAGAGUUCAUGGAUGGGUAUGCUUUGUCUAGGGAAGAAAUAAAAAAUCCAAAGUUUCAGAAACUGAUUGCCAAGAAUUUGAAGCUCCUACAUGAUAUCAGCUUGAAUGACAGUUUGUACAAGGAGCUUCAAGUAACUCAGAACGUCCCUGGGACCAGACCAUCCUUCUUGUGGAACACCAUUUGGAAAUACUUUAAUUUGCUGAAUGAGGAACGGAAGAAAAUUUGUUCCUUUGAUUCCAAGGCUAACAUUUUAAAACUUAUCGACUUUGAUGUAUUGCGGGACAGCAUACUUGAGGUGGAGAAGCUGUGCAAAAGUGAGAACUCCCCCAUUGUGCUGUGUCACUGCGAUUUGCUCUCCUCCAACAUUAUUAACACGAAAGAUGACACCAUCACCCCCGCCAACGACGGGGAUAACAUCUCCUUUAUCGACUUCGAGUACGCCUGCCCCAUGGAGAGGGCCUAUGACAUAGCCAACCAUUUCAACGAGUACGCAGGGUUUAACUGCGAUUGGGAUUUAACUCCCUCCAAGGAAGAAGAAUAUCAUUUUAUAAAGCAUUACUUGGGUACAGAUGAUGACCAAUUAAUUAAUAAUCUCAUCCAGGAAAUACAACCCUUUUACAUUUGCUCUCACAUCAAUUGGGGUCUGUGGUCCCUCCUGCAAGGCAUGCACUCUUCCAUUGACUUUGAUUUCAUAAAUUACGGCAUGACUCGCCUGACUGCGUCCUGUCUGCCCAUUUUUAGAUCCAAGGUUUCCAGAAAAGCGGAGCAAUGA